CGUGUUGAUGCCAUUUCUGGAUAGCAGAUUGAAUGGCAUCGAUGGAAUCAGGAACAGCGUUGUCAGCACUGUCGAGUGCGGUACGCAGGUCUUCGAAGGAAGUUUGCAUAGGAACAGUAGAAUUUUGGGGAGAGUAUUUGAUUCUUGAACAAUGUGUUGCAACGAAGGUUGAACCGUCCGUUAUGAAUAGACUUUAUGGAGAUAUUAAAGUAGGUAGCUUCACCAUGUAAGGUCACGUGAGUGCCUUAUUAUUUAUGAGUUGAAAGAGAACUGUCUUUUAUUGAAUGGAAACAAACGGAAUCUAUGGUUGAUCAGUCAUGUGACUGUCGGACAUGACA